AUGGCAACAAGAACUGUCGAACAUACUGUACCAUCUGAGGUGCAAGUUGGCCCUGUGGCCCCCGAAAACAACAACAUGCGAUCCCACGAUUUCCACGAGCGCGAAAAGAAGCUCGUCCAGGCCUUCCGCCAUCCUCCGCGAGCCUUGAAUCCGUUCCUAAUCACCGAGCGUCACGACGAGAAACAACUAUGCAUUUCCUCGAGAAAUCUGCAUAUUACCGAUUUUGCUCUCUUGAAAACCCUGGGAACUGUGAUCAAGCUGAAGCAAGUCGAACAUGUGCGCAAUGAGCGCAAAUCUCUCGCCGCGAUAGUCGAUCACCCUUUCAUCACCACUCUCAUCGCUUCAUUCUCGGACGAACAAAGCUUGUACAUGUUGCUGGACUUUUGUCCCGGAGGGGAGAUUUUCACCUAUCUCCGACGCCAACGCCGCUUCGAUGAAGAAACCUCGAGAAUUUAUGCAGCCGAAAUAACUAUGACCAUUGAAUUCCUACAUGAUAUCCAUGGUAUCGCCUAUCGUGACCUGAAGCCCGAGAACAUUUUACUUGAUGCGGACGGCCAUAUCAAGCUUGUCGAUUUCGGCUUUGCGAAACAAGUGGAUAAUCGCGAAACCUAUACCCUCUGUGGGACUCCUGAAUAUCUGGCUCCGGAAGUCAUUCAUAAUAGUGGGCAUGGGCUUGCAGUGGAUUGGUGGGCUCUUGGAAUUCUCAUAUACGAAUUCUUGGUGGGACAACCUCCGUUUUGGGAUCAAAACCCCAUGCGCAUUUAUGAACAGAUCGUGGAAGGACACCUUCGUUUCCCGCCGAAUAUGCCACCAGCCGCCCAAAAUAUUGUUACUUUGCUCUGCAAGACGAACCCUUCAGAACGAUUAGGUCAUAUUUCUGGAGGAUCAACUCGCGUGAAAUCUCACCCGUUUUUCACGGGCAUUGCUUGGGAUGACCUCUUCUACCGUCGUGUCAAGGGUCCUAUUAUCCCCCGAGUAUCUCAUCCCGCCGAUGGGGGCAACUUUGAAGAUUAUCCGGAUUCAGAUACGAGAAACCAGAAUAUCUACACGGAUGACCUGAAGAAGAAAUAUGAGCCUCUGUUCAAGGGUUUUUGA